CCCGUCCCCGCGGGUCCGCUCUGCGUGUGACCGGGACCCGCAGCGGCGGUACCGCGGUUCAUCUAAUGUUUCGCCCCAAAGUGAAACCGGUGCGGGCGGUGGCCUGCUGGGCGCGUGGUCAGCCGGAGACCUGAGCGCCCGCCCGGGGCGGAGCCGGCAGGGCGAGGCCGGGGGCGUCCGGGGGAAGGGUCGAGGAGGGCCCUUGGGGGGCGGGGGCGGGCCGGGAGCGGAGCCAGGGGUCAUGGCAGCGCCCGCGGACCCAAGGCGGCUGUGCCGACUGGUGCAGGAAGGCCGGCUGUGUGCCCUGCGGGAGGAGCUAAGGGCGGCGGGGCGCGCCGGCUGCGCGGGGCCGGCCAGGGACACCCUUCUGCAUUUCGCCGCGCGCCACGGCCGCCGGGAAAUCCUGGCCUAUCUGGUCGAGGCCUGGGAUCUGGACAUCGAGGCCGCCAACCAAGACUACAAGCGACCUCUGCACGAGGCUGCCUCCAUGGGCCACCGGGACUGCGUGCGGUACCUGCUGGGCCGAGGGGCCGCGGUCGACUGCCUGAAGAAGGCCGACUGGACUCCUCUGAUGAUGGCUUGCACGAGGAGGAAUCUUGAGGUGGUCCAGGACCUCGUGGAGCACGGCGCCAAUCCACUCCUGAAGAACAAAGACGGCUGGAACAGUUUCCACAUUGCCAGCCGAGAAGGCGACCCUCUGAUCCUCCAGUACCUGCUCGCUGUUUGCCCAGCUGCCUGGAAGACAGAGAGCAAGAUCGGGAGAACACCGCUGCACACGGCAGCAAUGCAUGGCUGUUCAGAGGCAGUAGAGGUGCUUCUUCAGAGGUGCCAGUAUGAACCGGACUGCAGAGACAAGUGUGGCCUCACACCCUUCAUGGACGCCAUUCAGUGCGGACACAUCGACGUAGCCAGGCUGCUCCUCGAAAAACACAAGGCUUGCGUUUCUGCUGAGGACUCCCUGGGGGCCCAGGCCAUCCACCGGGCAGCAGUCACUGGGCAGAAUGAGGCCAUCCAAUUCUUGGUCUCUGAGCAUGGCAUCAACGUAGAUGUGAGAGCAGCCUCCACCCACCUCACAGCACUUCACUACGCAGCUAAGGAAGGACACGUAAGCACAAUCCAGACACUCUUAUCCUUGGGUGCCGACAUCAACGCCAAGGACGAAAGAAAUCGAUCAGAACCCUGCGGCUCUACACUGUUUGAAGAGAAGUGCGGGGAGGCAAACCGGGACCUGCAGCGUCAGAGACCUGAAAGCCUUAUGACGGAACAAAAACAAGAUAAACAUGACGAUAAGCUCACCUGAAUGUGAAUGAAAUGGCAAGAAUAAAAUGGCUACAGCUCAGGUCCACAGAUUGAUACAUCAGCACAGACCCCCCGACCCUGUUUGGAAGUUGUUUUUAUUGCCACGGAAGAGGAAAGGUCCAGAUGUUUUUAGAUGUUCACCCGAGUAGCCAGUAAACCGCUGCGGCCAUAAACACCAGAGGAAGCAGCCAGCCUGCUGCAGGCCCACCGCUGCCGGGAUGCAGGGCCUCUGGUCACCUGGAAGCAGCGGUGCUGGGGGGGAGAGGGGAGGGGCCCAGGCCAUGUCUCCCACCCGCCAUGUCAUCGCCAGGGAGAUAGUCACUCUCCCUGCAUCGCAGUUUUCUCACCUGACAAGCGCCAUUUGGAUUCCUUUUAUUUUCUCAAGUGAAAAUGCUAUAUUUUAUUUUCUUAAAAUGAGAAUCCAUGCCAAAGCAUUUUAAAACUCCCUAUUUAUUAUGAUUAUUAUUUUGUUCCUACACUUUAUUUUUUAGAGCAGUUUCAGGUUCACAGCAGAACUGAGUGGAAGGUGCAGAGAUUUCCCAUGUACCUCCUGCUUCCCCCACUAUGAGCACCGGCCCCGGCGAAUCCCAUUUGCUCAGCUGUGGCGUGUUUUUUCUCUGUGUGUCUAGUGCGUCAGAAUCAGGACCUUGCUGAAUCAACCGCCUGCCUUUGUUGGGGCAGGGGGAGAAGGAGGGAUCCAGGAACCCACUGCUCCCUGUCCGUACCUCCAGCCAGUUCUGUUUUCACCCCUGUGCACGGCCUGGCCUUUGAGGUUCCCCCUAACUUCUGGUUUUCUGGGGUCUUCUAGCUUGAAUGCGUUUGCUUCUUAAUGCCUUACCUCUGUGCAGGCUCUGAAGUUUUGGCUUCCUCUGGUCUGUUAAGUCAGUUAGAUUUGACCAUCUGCUUUCUAACUUUCAAAAAUUCCAUCAGCUUCUCUCAACGGCUGAUCUCCUUUUCUAUUCUCUUUGAACUCACGGGUUUAUAUCCUUUUUUAUUCCCUUAUUGCCAUUUUAGCAGACUUUGAGGAAGGAGUCAGAUUAAAGGCAUGUGUUCAGUCUGCGAAACAUCAUCUCAUGUUCCUUCUUUUAUUUUUUUAUUGUGCCCCCCUCCCGCCCGCCUCUGCUCCCCUGUAACAGAGAAGAACAAACCUGACUCCAUAUUGGAUCUGUUCCUUUAACUCUAACUUUUGGGCUCUGUUGCCUGUGCUUAGUCACGCUGGCUCUGCACCUUUUUUAAAAGAAUGUUGCCUGUAGCCUGAAAUUUAUGGGGUAGCCCAUUCUCAAGGCUUUGACCUUUAAAGGUAUAACACUUUUCCUUUCAUGUAGAGAUAAAAAGUUGCAGAACAGAGAAUAACAGUUGUCUUGGUGGAGGUUUAUAGGAACAUUGUGACCAGACCUACAUGGACAGCUGCAAGAACAAAGGAUUUUGGCACCAAGAGGUCUGCAACAACCAGCCACCUCCCCUCCCCUUUUAGCAUUAAAGAAGCCCAAACGAAUUCUAACUCGGAUAAGAUGGUUCUUUGGGACACGAGUCCACCAUCUUCUCUGUCAGCUGGCUUUCCGAAUAAAGUCGCUAUUCCUUGCCCCCAAACCUCGUCUCUCGAUGUAUGGGCUUGUUGUGUGGCCAGCAGUACGAGCUUGGACGCGAUGACAUCCCAUACGUGCACCUGCUCUCUAAUGAGUGCCAUUGCUAUUCUACUUAACAUAAGUAUUUAAACAUAAGUAUAUUUUGAACAAUGUAUAAGAUGCAUGUGAUUUACAGUUUUACAAUAAUGGCAUUGUACUGGGAAUCCCGUUCUGUUUUCAGCCUCCCUCACUUGGCUACAUUGUAGAUUAAUCCUUCUGAUUGCUGCAGGAAGGUUACCUCCAACUCUUUGCUGCUACAUAUUGGUAUCCGAUGAACAUUUUAACACAUCUUCUUAUACACCAGAAAACUGAUUUUUGAUGCGUACCCAGGAGUAGGGAGAUGGGAUAUAGGGUGUACGCAUGUUAAAUUUAUUAAAUACUGCCAAUUUCUCUCCUGAAUGGCUAUGGCAGUGAGAACUCCUUAGAGCCCUUACAUCCUCAUUGUGGCUCUCCCGAAAGAGGGUAUAAAAGGCAGCACUUCAACUUAUAUGACCCUGGAACUCUCUCCAGGAAAAGCAUCUUGAGUGCACUGGGAGAUGCUGAUGUAGAUUACAAGGGACUGGAGGAGCAGCACACUGUUUGGGGAGGUGGGAAGAGAUUAGUAGCUGUAAGCCUAGCUCGUUUUUUUUGUUUGUUUUUUUUGUUUUUCCUUCUUUUUGGCUGCGUUGGGUCUACGUUGCUGCGCACGGGCUUUCUCUAGUUGCGGCGAGCGGGGGCUACUCUUCAUUGCGGUGCGCAGGCUUCUCAUUGCAGUGGCUUCUCGUUGCAGAGCACGGGCUCUAGGCCCGUGCUUCAGUAGUUGUGGCACAUGGGCUUCAGUAGUUGAGGCUCGCGGGCUCUAGAGCACAGGCUCAGUAGUUGUGGCUCAUGGGCUUAGUUGCUCCGUGGCAUAUGGGAUCUUCCUGGACCAGGGCUUCAACCUGUGUCCCCUGCAUUGGCAGGCGGAUUCUUAACCACUGCGCCACCAGGGAAGUCUCCAAGUGAAUGGUUUUAAAGUGACCUAAGCAACGUUAAGCCUUGGGCAGCUUAGAGAUCUGUCUAGUCUUUCAGGAUGGAACAAAUAUGUGAAAUGAAAUAGUUAAUUGUCAUUACUUCUUCAUCCCAUGAGGUCUCUACACUUAGGUGCUAGAGUGAGCUGAAUCUUCCUGAAGGGCAAAGGGGUCUAGAACAUGCCUGCCCUGUGCCUGUGAUUCUUCUGGGAAUCAGGACACCUGGCUUACCUGUCCUGCCACCACACUUGAGCCCCACCCAGUUCCACCAACUCCCAGUCCAUAUACAAAGCAUCUCUGCAGAGCUGCUAAUAAUUACACUUGCUAAUGAUUUCUAUUUUGCAGAUUAUUUUGUAUUUCCAUGUACAUCAUCAGUCUUGGUACUGAUUUUGCUUCUCUACAUACAGGAGUUCAAUAAAAGUUGUGAUGGAGGCUAAGACACUGAAAUGGUCUUUGAUACUCACUUUCUUCCUGGCAGUUACAUUUUUCUUUACAUUUUAGGAAUAUUGUGAGUUCAUUCCGUUAUCCAUACAUACAGUUUCUUAAAUAUUUAGGAGUCGUUGACCCCUUUGGGAAUCCGAUGGUGGAUCCUCUCUCUGGAAAAAUUCACAUAAGCACUAUAUUUUGC